AUGCCAUUAUCAAUUGAAUCUGAAAUUGAUCUUCUUUAUCAUCUAUCAACAAUGUCUGAACACGUUUUACCGAAAGGAAUAUUUUAUCUUCUAUUAUGGAAACGUCUUAAUCAAUCUAGCACUCCACCUGCUUUCUCAUUCAAUGAAAUGGUUGAUCAUCUUCGUACAUUAUAUGAUGAAAGUGUUUUUGAUAAUCCUGAAUUACCUGAAUCAAAUGAUCAUGAUUUUCAAUGGAAUCCGAUUAAUAUUGAACAACAACAAAUUGAAAAAGAUUUAUCAAAUAAACUUGAAACAACACCAACAACACCUCAACCUUCAACUAAAACCCGAAAACGUCCAGCAUCACCAUCAUCAAUUAUAACUAAUAAUGAUAUUAAUCGUCGUAGUAGUCGACAAAAAAAUAAUACACAAACAAAAGAUGAAGAACAACAACAACAACAACAGCAACAAAUAAAAGUUGAAAAGCGAAAAUCUAUUAAAGAUUCAUCUCGAAUAUCAACACGAUCAAUACCCAAUAAUGAUUCCAUUGGUACACGUUUACGAGGACAAAAAUAA